AUGUCUCUUGAUGUUGUAGCAGGAAUGGUGUCUGCUUGUAAGAACAUCAUUGCUGAGCUUAACCGUGGAGACAAACUGGAUGGUGAUAAUUAUGAUAUAUGGUAUCGUAAAGUCCAGUACGUCCUCGAGGAGCAAGAAAACAGCAUCGCUCGCAUCACAUUGCUGAGUUGUAUGCAAGAUGAUCUCAUGUGUGAGUUUGAAGAGUAUGAAACUGCAAAAGGCAUGUGGGAGGCCUUGAAAGAAAAGUUUGGUGCUACUUCAGCAACCAAACUUAGGAGACUCAAUCAAAGGUUUGGUGUUAAGAGCAUUGGACAAUCCUUUGUAAUUCUGUCUCUAUAUGUUGACGACAUCUUAUUGGCUGGAAAUGAUAUGGAGUUUCUUAUAACCAUUAAACAAUGGUUAUCAUCUCAUUUUGAGAUGAAAGAUAUGGGAGAAGCUGAAUACAUACUUGGUGUUAAGAUACACCGAGACCGAUCAAGGAAAUUACUAGUUCUUUCUCAAGAGUCUAGCAGCUUGAUGUAUGCUAUGAUGUGCACUCGGCCGGAUAUUUGUUAUGCGGUUGGCUUGGUAAGUCGUUACCAGUCAAAUCCCGGGGAGAAACAUUGGAUGGCAGUGAAGAGGAUCCUUAGAUAA